AUGGCAAACUGCCCGCAGAUUGGCCAGGGCCUCCUCUACAGGACAUUAGGUAUUUUGCCUCUCACCCUGGGACCUGGGCAUAGCGCAAGCCAGGCAGAGCCAGACGUCCUCAAUCCUGAAACAUCUCUGCUUUUUCCCUCUCCUUUCCAAGUUGUUAUCACCGUGGUCUUCCUCACCCUGCUGUCAGUCGUGAUCUUGAUCUUCUUUUACCUGUACAAGAACAAAGGCAGCUAUGUCACCUACGAACCUGCAGAAGGCGAGCCCGGUGCCAUCCUCCAGAUGGAGAGUGACUCAGCCAAGGGCAGGGAGAAGGAGGAAUAUUUCAUCUAAUGAUUCCCGGCCCCAAUGAGUAUCUCCAGGCUCCAGUGCUAACACCAUUUUAUUUAUUAGGUGAAAGUUUUAUUUGAAAGUAGUGAGCAGCUUUGAUUGACAUGGAGAAUCUGAGCUUCUUCUAGGACACAGGCCCAAAUGCCAAAAUUACUGAUGCCAGGGACCAGGAACAUGGAGAAAGCUGCUUAUGUCUUUAGACCUUUGUGACACAGCCACUGUUUGAGACUGGCUGACAAGUGAAGCUGUAUCAGGCAGUAUUUGAGUACGUGCCCAGUCAUCUUCACUUUCUUCACAGGUCAAAGGGAAGGUUAGGGUCACCUAGUGGCCGCCUGAGUGGAGAGUGUCCACAGAUCUUCCCAGAUGCUGGAUACCACAGUAGAAAACCAAGCAAGGGGGCGGGAGACUGUGGAGACCUCACCUCCUGAUCAAUGUGCUGCAACCCGUAUUAAUCUGAGCCCCUCAUACUCUCCAAUGACCUCAUACCUGUGCUGUUUUUAUCAUCAUUAAAAAUUGUUACUGAUAACUGCA